GUUUGUCCUCUUUUCUGUCACAUUUUCGCAUAUUUUCGACGUCUUCCUACUGCGAUGGGAAAUGCUUGCAGCCCUGAGAGUGAAGAGGGUGCGGUUGCGCAUUCAGUUCAUUCGCAGCUUUAUCCUAUGUAUUUGGUGAAGGUCUCAGAUAUCUUGCAGAUGGAGGGUGCACCCGAGCCGCAUCAUGUGGUCCAGGAGAAAGGCUUGCUCCAUGCCUGGCAGCCAGGAAUGUUCAGCAUUUUCCUUUCACACCAGUGGCUGGGCCGUGCUCAUCCAGAUGCCACCGGGGUUCAGUUCUGCGUCCUGCAAGAGAUGCUUCGGGGGAUUAUCAACGGAUCUGUGAAGGUCGAGCCUGACCUCGUCUCCCAGAUGCAGUCGAAAGCCUCCCGUGAUGUUUCGAUGGAUGCAAAAACCAGAGAGCAAGUGGUAAAUGGCUACGUGUUCUUCGACUGGUUUGCAAUCCCGCAGAUCACUGCAAGGACCAAGGGUCAGAACGAAGAUAGUGAUCGAUCCGAUGCUGCAAAGGCCGUUCAAAGUAUACCUUUUUACGUGGAGGUCUCCAACCUCUUUGUCGCCCUAGUACCUGAAGCACAACAUGAGUCGGGUGCUAGCUGCAACUACACGAGCUGGCUCUCCCGAGGUUGGUGCCGUGCAGAGCUUUGGUGUCACUUGCUUUCUCAUAAACCCGACACCAGCGUGAUCCUCGCACACUCUUGUGUGGAAGUGAGACUGAUGUUUCCUCUUGACUGGCAAGAGAACUCUAUUGUUGAUGGUGACUUCACCGUGCCAGAAGAUCGGGACGUGGUUGCAAAGCUGGGAGAGCGUGCGGUGAAGAAUAAGAUCCAUCACUUGUCGACAGCGGGACCACUAUGGUUAUACAGAUUCUACAAGGCUUGUGAAGGCAAGUUGCUGGGGCAUGCAUCCUCGUGGAAUGUGCCGAGCUUUUUGGACAACUUCCGCUACGAAAGCCUUGACUCCUGUGUGAAGGACGUGCAUUGUAUGAACGCGAUGCUUUGUGCUGUUCUAGCAGGUGACUCUGGAAUUAUCCGGGCACUGGCGAACCACCGAGCUGACGUGAAUUUUCGAGUCAAAGAUUUGGCUCAGUUGGGAUACUUUGAUGGUCAAACACUUCUGAUGGUGGCUGCAAAGACACGACAGAAGCCUGAACUGCUAGCAACACUUAUUGAGCUCCGGGCGGACAUCCAUGCUGUUGCUCCCAGUGGAGCUGGGCUGGCCCACUUUCUCCGCACUCCCGAACAAGUGAAUUUCCUCCUGACGGCUCGUGGCGACGUGAACAAGACCACCGGCCCCAUCUUCCUGUCGCCUGUGGCAGCAGCCGCUGCCAUGGGCCGCAUCGGCACCCUGAAGGCCAUGCUGGCAGCCAAGGGUGAUGUCAACCCACCCACAAGAGGACUUGGCCAUACCCCUCUACAUCAUGCGGUCUUCUUUGCCAGAGGAAACCCAGACGCCGUGCAGAUCGCGAAGCUGUUGAUCGAGCAUCGGGCCGACGUCAACGCAGAGACUCGACCGUCAGGCAGCAUUCGGUGGAUUACCUUGGCUGCCCAGGCCUACAUGAGCUGCAUGGGCGAGUCCUCUCCACUCAGCUACAAGGCCUUUGCUAUGAUGCCAGGAGCCACGCCACUACUUGAGGUGGCCUGGACAGGAGACAUGGAACUCACGCGGCUUUUGCUGGAGGCUGAAGCAGAUCUGAAUUCCAAUGACUUUGGAUACUCGCCAGAAGAUGUUGCAAAAAUGAAUGGGCAUUUUCACCUCCUACCCCUCUUGAGCCUUUUCAGUGUUUAAUCCGAGCCUCUGAGGCAAAGGUAAGUG